AUGUUUAUUAUUAGAAAAAAAUUGCCAUCCAGUCGAAACAGUCGAUUGUUUUUAAACUAUCUAUCUAUCUAUCUAUCUAUCUAUCUAUCUAUCUAUCUAUCUAUCUGGCUCCUUGUUAGCUUAUCACGUGCGACUUCGUUUCUUGCAACUCCGUUCCUUCAUUUUAUAAGUGUGGAAACGCAUCCGAGCCAGGCUUUUAUUUAUUUUCUAUUUUUUGUUUUCGUUUUUCAUACACUCUCUUUCUUUCUUUCUUUCUGUUUUUUUUUUCUUACAUCUAUUUCUUUUUUUUCUUUCUUUGAUUUUAAAUUUGUCUCUUUAUUUCUUUCGUUCUUUUCUGUUUAUGUAUUUUUCUUCCGUUCAUUUUUGUUUCUACUUCACAUUUUCUCUCUUCGUUUCUUCUUCCAUGCAUAUCUUUCUUUCUUUCUCUCAUUAUUUCUUUCAUUCAUUCUUUCUUUCAUCUUACAUCCAUCGCUUUCUUUCUUUCUUUCUUUUUUCUUUCUUUCUUUCUUUCUUUCUUUUUUUUCUUUCUUUCUUUCUUUCUUUCUUUCUUUCAUCCAUAUCUUUUACUUUCUUUCUUUCUUUCUUUCUUUCUUUCUUUCUUUCUUUUCUUUUUACAUGCAUGCCUUUUUUUCUUUUUUUAUCCAUCUCUUCCUUCCUUUCUUUUUCUCAUUUUUUCUUUCAUUCAUUCAUUCUUCUUACAACCAUCUCUUCCUUUCUUUCUUUCUUUUUUCUUUCUUUCUUUCUUUCUUUCUUUUUUCUUUCUUUCUUUUUUUCUUACAUACAUACCUUUAUUUCUUUUUUCAUCCAUCUCUUUCUUUCUUUCUUUCUUUCUUUCAUUCAUUCUUUUUACACCUAUCUCUUUCUUUUCUUUCUUUCUUUCUUUCUUUCUUUCUUUCUUUCUUUCUUUCUAUAUACAUACCUUCAUUUAUUUCUUUUUUAUCUAUCUCUCAUUCUUUCUUUCAUUCUUUCUUCUUACAUAAUCUCUUUCUUUCUUUCUUUCUUUCUUUCUUUUCUUCUUACAUGCAUACCUUUAUUUCUUCUUUUAUCCAUCCCUUUCUCUCUUUCUUUCUUUCUUUCUUUCUUUCUUUCUUUCUUUCUUUCUUUCUUCUUACACCCAUCUCUUUUCCUUUCUUUCUUUCUUUCUUUCUUUCUUUCUUUCUUUCUUUCUUUCUUUCUUCUUACACCCGUCUCUUCCUUUCUUUCUUCCUUCCUUCCUUUCUUUCUUUCUUUCUUUCUUUCUUUCUUUCUUUCUUUCUUUCUUUCUUUCUUUCUUUCUUUCUUUCUUCUUACACCCAUCUCUUCCUUUUCUUUCUUUCUUUCUUUCUUUCUUUCUUUCUUUCUUUCUUUCUUUCUUUCUUUCUUCUUACCCGUCUCUUCCUUUCUUUCUUUCUUCCUUCCUUUCUUCCUUCCUUUUCUUUCUUUCUUUCUUUCUUUCUUUCUUUCUUUUCUUUCUUUCUUUUUUCUUCUUACACCCAUCUCUUCCUUUCUUUCUUUCUUUCUUUCUUUCUUUCUUUCUUUUCUUUCUUUCUUUCUUUCUUUUCUUUUUACAUAUAUACCUUUAUUUAUCUCUUUUUUUUAUCCAUCUCUUUCUUUCUUUCUUUCUCUCAUUCUUACAUUCAUAUCUUUUUACUUUCUUUCUUUCUUUCUUUUUUUCUUAAUCAAACUGUUUCUUUCUUUAUUUAG